UGUGUUUUCUGAGAAACUCUUGCCCGCAGUCUCAACUCCUCCUCCUCUCUCUCUCUCUCUCUCUUUCUUUCUUUUCCAUCUGGCACGUUUUUUUUUCAGGUCGCACUCAUUAUCUGGUUAUUAGGAGUAGCAGUGCUGUUAAUAAACAGGAUAAACGUCGCUCUUUACAGCAGCCAUGUCAAGUCUUCAGCGGUCUGAGGCAUUUUCAUAACUUUUUGCCACUAAAAUAAAUAAAUAAAAAAGUCUUCAGGGAAUCGAGCAAAACUGAAAAGGAUCGAUAAGCUUUUAAAAAAAAAAAAAAAAGAUCUAGCUAUGGAGCACUCUCAGUGGUGGAGACACGUAGUCUUCCUCUUUUUUGGCAUUUGGGUUCCAUCAUGCUUCGCUCAGAUGGCAUCCACUGUGCACCCAAGUCCCACCCCAACAGCCAAGUCACCUGAGUAUCUGAAGUUUCGACUAGCUGGUCAUCCGCGAAAGCACAAUGAGGGCCGAAUCGAGGUUUUCUAUAAGGGCGAAUGGGGAACCAUCUGUGACGAUGACUUCUCACUGGCCAAUGCUCAUGUGCUCUGUCGCCAGCUCGGGUUUGUCUCUGCUACAGGCUGGGCCCACAGCGCCAAAUACGGAAAGGGCACAGGUAAGAUCUGGUUAGAUAACGUGCAGUGCAGUGGCAGUGAGAGGAGUAUAUCAGUGUGUAAGUCACGGGGAUGGGGCAGCAGUGACUGUACUCAUGAUGAAGAUGCUGGGGUGAUCUGUAAGGAUGAGAGGCUGCCAGGAUUUGUUGACUCCAACAUCAUAGAGGUGCAGAUGGAUGAAAGGCAUGUGGAGGAGGUGCGUCUCCGGCCUGUGGUAUCCAGCAAAAGGCUGCCAGUGAUAGAGGGAGUGGUGGAAGUAAAGUAUAAAGACAGAUGGGCCCAAAUCUGUGAUAACGGCUGGACACCUAAAAAUUCAAGGGUUGUCUGUGGCAUGAUGGGUUUCCCCCAUGAGAGGAAGGUCAACAAGAACUUCUACAAGCAUCUCAGAAAGAGAUCCACUGUGCCAAAAGUCAAAAUUAGAGUAAAAGCAGACAGGCAAGAAGCCAAAGCUAAAGCUAUCACUAAAGCUAGUUCUAAGUCUAAACCUGGCAACUCGGCCACAGCCAAAAGACUGUAUGCAGACCGGCAGAAGAAUUACUUCCUGGUUCACUCUGUGGCCUGUUUAGGCACGGAGAUUCACCUAGCUGCCUGUCCUCUGGAGUUUAACCACGUUAAUGCCACUGAAAGCUGCCCAGGUGGCAUGCCUGCCGUCGUCAGCUGUGUGCCUGGACCAGAGUAUGCUCAAAACCGUGCCAUGAAGAAAAAACUCAAAUCCUCGAGCACAGUACGUCUGAAAGGUGGAGCGAAGCCAGGAGAGGGCCGUGUGGAGGUGCUGAAAGGCAAUGAAUGGGGGACAGUGUGUGAUGAUCGCUGGAACAUGCAGUCUGCCAGUGUGGUGUGCAGAGAAUUGGGCUAUGGCUCUGCUAAGGAGGCUCUUACUGGAGCUCGCAUGGGACAAGGCAUUGGUCCAAUCUACAUGAACGAGGUCCAGUGCACAGGUCAUGAGCGUUCUCUAUGGAACUGCCGCUAUAAGAACAUUACUGCUGAAGACUGCAAGCACACAGAGGAUGCUGCAGUCCGAUGUAACGUGCCAUACAUGGGCUUUGAGAAAACGGUGCGUAUCACAGGUGGUCGAACACGCUAUGAAGGCCGUGUGGAAGUGUUGCGCACCAGCACUAACGGAACACAACACUGGGGUCUGAUCUGUGGAGAAGGCUGGGGUACCAGUGAGGCCAUGGUGGUGUGCAGACAGCUGGGCCUUGGAUACUCCAACCAUGGCAUGCAAGUACGGCUGGUGGGUGGGCGGUCAGAGUAUGAGGGGAGAGUGGAGGUUUGGGUGGGUCGGCGCUGGGGCAGUGUGUGCAGUGAGGGCUGGACCACCAAAGAGGCCAUGGUGGCUUGCAGACAGCUAGGGCUGGGGUUCAGCAUGCAUGCUAUUACUGAAACGUGGUACUGGGACGGCAGUAAUGUGACUAACAUGGUGAUGAGCGGUGUGAAGUGCACGGGAGACGAACUGGCCCUCAGCCAGUGCCAGCAACACAAAACCGUCACCUGCCAGAAAACAGCUGCACGGUUCGCUGCAGGUGUUAUCUGCUCAGAGACUGCGUCUGAUCUGGUUUUGAACGCAUCUCUGGUGCAGCAGACGGCAUAUAUUGAGGACCGUCCGCUGCACAUGCUGUACUGCGCUGCAGAGGAGGACUGUCUGUCUAAAAGUGCCGCGAAAGUCAACUGGCCCUACGGCCACCGUCGCCUGCUCCGCUUCUCCUCACAGAUCCACAACAUUGGUCGCGCUGACUUCAGGCCUAAAGCUGGACGCCACUCCUGGGUCUGGCACGCAUGCCAUGGGCAUUAUCACAGUAUGGAUAUCUUCACACACUAUGACUUGCUGAGUGUCAAUGGCACCAAGGUGGCAGAGGGACACAAAGCUAGCUUCUGUCUAGAAGACAGCGACUGUCAGGAGGGUGUUUCCAAGCGUUAUGAAUGUGCUAAUUUUGGAGAGCAGGGCAUCACAGUAGGAUGCUGGGAUCUGUACCGGCAUGAUAUCGACUGCCAGUGGAUCGACAUCACUGAUGUCAAACCAGGAAAUUACAUCAUGCAGGUUGUGAUAAAUCCUAAUUUUGAGGUGUCUGAGAGCGACUACACAAAUAAUGCCAUGAAAUGCAACUGCAAAUAUGAUGGCCACAGGAUCUGGUUUCACAACUGUCAUACCGGUGAUGCUUUCAGUGAGGAGGCAGAGAGGAAGUUUGAGAAAUACCCAGGACAGCUCAAUAAUGAGAUCUCCUAAUCCAUAAAUCAGCACACCGUCUCAGACAUUUGACCUUCUCAUUUGGACUGGAUCAUAUACAAUAUAUUACCCAGGUUACAGAGUAAGGAUCUCUCUUACUCUUUUCAUGUUCACACUCAAGGAACAGGCAAGGUCUGUCAGAGGGAAUGCCAGCAAUCACAAUCAUGGUGUUAGCACCUAAGACCUUGCCAUUCUGAGGGUCAAGUUUUCGAAUCUUGAGCUUGUUAAGUAGUGUUCUAUUUAAAAAACAAAAAACAAAACAUAACCUCAUUUUUAGGUAACAAUAUGGGCAUUAGUCUUUAGGUUUUAAUAAUCAUCAGAAAAUAACCAGUGUGUGCCACGCAUUUAUUCACUCCACAGGCAUAGUUUAUGUUUAUGGUGCUAUGUGUUGACUGCCAAAAAAGUUUAAGGACAGCAUUUUAUUGUAUUGCACAAAAAUGUGCAAAUGUGACAGUUGUCAUCUACUUGAAUAAUGUGUCUUCAUCACAUAGGAAUAAUUCAGCUGAAACAUUUUCAUUUCAUAUGAACACAAGUUUCCUAUUCAUCAAAACAUCACAUAAACAAACAGUAUCUUAAAAAUAUUUCCCAUAAUGUCAUUCUUACUGAGGGUCUUGUUGAGACAAACCCUACCAAAGUAAUGAAUGUUGUUUUUUGACUGAGUUUAUGAAUGUUUUUAGGCCAAUUUCUGGGUUUAAAAGCAUUAUGUACUUUUCUGUGGCUUUUGUAAAAUUAUGUUACAUAUUCAUGCUGUAUUUUUUAAUACAAAAACUUAUUUAUACUUCUAACUACAUGAACCAUACAAGAUAGUGAAUGAACAAAGUUUUUUUUUUUUUUUUUUUUUUUUUUUUUUUUACUUUUAAUUAUACAUACCCAAGUAAACUGCUUUUUAAUUAAUGAAAUCUUGCUGACUGGCUCCUGACAUUUCACUUUACUCGCUUUUGUAUAGCAAAUAUUCUUCUGAGUUCUUUAACAUUAGAAGUUUAUUUGUAUUUUUUGUUUCAAACAGAAUUGCAGUCAAAGUUAUGUUCAUUUUAUAACACAAUGUAUGCCAAAGUGUGCACUAGAAACCUGAUGUACAGGUGCAUUAGGACCACUCGUGGCCUUCAGAAAACUUAUGAGAAUAAUUUCUCCAACACUGUUUCAAACGUAAUCAUUUACUGCUACUUUAAGCGGGGGAAAACCCAUGUCUAAAUGUAUGUCAAAGACAGAACACAGAAUUAAAAACCCCUCCUUCACAUGUACAGGGAUAAACAAAAUCAGUGGUAAGAAAUUGGGCCAGCUUUGACUUCAUGCUGAACUUUCUAGCUGUAAAUGGGCCAUUUUUAUAAACAGAAAAUAUUUGGAACAGCUGCAAGCUUAAAAGCAAUAUUACGCAACAAAGUAUGGAUUGGUGUGUUGUCAUGGUUUUCUCAUACAAGUGUAAAACAUUAUAAAAAAAAAAAAAACACACACACCAUAUUUUUGUUUCCAGGUCUAAGGCUCAAAUGUGCUCACAGCAUCAUUUCAAUGGCUUUGAGUCAUAUACACACGGAUGCCUGUUCAAAAAUACUAGCCUUCGUUCGCAAUGUGUUUAAUGUCUCACAUUUUUCUCUCUCAUUCCAAUAUAUUGUCUAAAACCUGUAUGUGUGCACAUCUGCCCCAUAACAUCACUUUCAACAAGCCACAUUAACUGAGGAAAAAUUUGUCCCAAGAAUCCUUGUGACAUUUUCAACUUAGAAUUUAAUAUAAACUCAUUGCUAACAUACACCCAAGCAUGGGUGUAACAACGCAAUCUUUAGAGGGG